AUGGUGGGAGCCUCGUUCCUUGGUAAGCUAAUUGUCGCGCUCAGUAUAGUGCAAAGGUCAUGCGCACAUGGAUAUGACGACCAACAGCAACCAAUUCUUGGGGCCAGCCCAAAGAACGGCCAACCAAACAUCAUCUUUAUCCUAGUCGAUGACCAGGAUCUGAUGCUUGACUCGAUAUCUCAUAUGCCUCAGUUGAACAAACAUCUAGUGCAGAAGGGCACAUUCUACCGCAAUCAUUUUGCCACCACGGCGAUCUGUUGUCCAUCGCGGGCCAGCCUUCUGACAGGCCGGCUGGCUCAUAACACAAAUGUUACCGACGUGAAUCCUCCGUAUGGUGGUUAUCCAAAGUUUGUUGAACGUGGAUUCAACGAGAACUACCUUCCGAUCUGGCUUCAGAAUGCGGGCUACAACACUCUUUAUACUGGGAAGUUGUUCAAUGCACACACAGUCGAUAAUUACAAUACCCCAUUUCCCAAUGGCUUCAAUUCGUCAGAUUUCUUGUUGGAUCCAUACACUUAUUCCUAUCUCAACGCAACAUACCAACGCAACUUCGAACCGCCCGUUAGUUAUGAAGGUCAAUACACCACGGAUGUCCUGAAAGAAAAAGCCUUGGAACUAUUAAACUCAGCCACCAACGGCAAAGCUCCCUUCUUCCUCACUAUUGCUCCAGUAGCUCCUCACUCAAACCUACAGACGAAUGGCCCUAUUGGGCCUAGUGAGGAUCUGAAUUCCACACCACCAAUCUCUGCGGAACGCCAUAGGCAUCUAUUCAAAGAUGUUAAGAUACCGCGUACCCCGAAUUUCAAUCCUGAUGAGCCGAGCGGUGUAAACUGGAUCAAACGCCUACCGAAACAGAACCAAAGCAAUGUCGAUUACAAUGAUCACUUUUAUCGCUCAAGACUACGAGCUCUACAGCCAGUGGAUGAACUCAUUUCCGAAAUCAUUGACGUCUUGGAGGCCAGGCAAAUACUGGACAACACUUAUAUCAUCUACACUUCAGAUAAUGGGUAUCACAUUGGACAGCAUCGUCUCCAGGCGGGCAAAGAAUGUGGGUUUGAAGAGGAUAUUCGAGUCCCUCUUAUUAUCCGGGGUCCUGGGAUAAGAGCAAAUCAUGAUGAGGUGGCAAUUACUACUCACGUUGACCUAGCGCCGACGAUCUUUGAGAUAGCUGGUCUACCUCUUCGUUCUGACUUUGAUGGUACGCCUAUGCCAUUGAAGCAGACAUCGGAGUCAAAUGAUCAGCCACGGCAUGAGCACGUCACUGUUGAGUUCUGGGGCUUGGCCGUCGCAGAGGGGAAAUACAACUCUCUCGGACCUGACAAUCCCCAAGUUAUCCUGAACAAUACGUAUAAAUCUGUUCGUAUUCAUAGCAGCGAAUAUGAUAUCUAUUACUCGGUGUGGUGCACGAACGAGCACCAACUUUACGACCUCAAGACUGACCCAUACGAGCUGAACAACCUUUAUCCAGUGUCAGAUCCUCGGAAAGGCUCUAGCGACAUCGAUUGGGAACUUCUCGGCUUCCCGCUCACAAAAGUUAUUGAACGUCUGGAUGCGCUUCUUCUUGUUCUCAAAUCAUGCCAGGGAAAGUCCUGCAUUCAUCCCUGGGACGUAUUACACCCCGAAGGAGAUGUCCAGUCUCUUGUGGAUGCGCUAGGCGUGAAAUACGAUGGAUUCUAUCAUGCACAAUCAAAGGUCUCAUUCAGCCGUUGCGAGUUUGGUUAUCUUCUUGAUGCCGAGGGGCCUCAAACCGCUUUGACCUACAGGAAUGGUAUCGAGUGGCAUCACUGGGUUUAG